CACGCCCCGCCCACUAAGUCAGCUCUGUUUAUGUAACGGUGUUUUCCUCUGUACUGUUCAGAUCUGCGGCGGUUCCGCAAAUCUCAGAGCUAGGAUCUGAAAUAAAAACAUGUUUCUGAAGGUUGUAGCUCCACUUCUGGCGGUCUUCAUGACCGUAACCAGUCUCGGCUUAACAGGAGGGCCGAUCGAUGCGGACGUGAACAGUGAUGAUGUCCAGAAUGCCCUGAAUUUCGCCGUCACUCAGCACAACAAAGCGAGCAACGACUUGUACCUGAGUCAGGUUUCGAAGGUGAUCAAGGCACAGAAGCAGGUUGUUUCUGGUGUGAACUAUAUUUUCACCGUUGAGAUGGCUAGGACGUCCUGCAAAAAAGGUGGUAUUGAGAAGGUGUGUGACGUCCAUCCAGACCCAAAUGUUGCAAACCCUCGUGUGUGCAACCUGAAGGUGUGGAAUCAGCCCUGGACAAGCACUAUCCGAAUUGUGGAGAACACCUGCCUGUAGAAAUCCAGUCACACACCGCCCAGAUUUGGUUUGGCAUUCCUUAGAACCUGGAGAAACAUGUGCUGUCAAUUCGGAUCCAGCCAUCGCACAGAUUAAUUAUACAAAACUCUCUAAUUAAUUUAGAUAUUUAAUACUGGUUAUAUAAAAUACUUUUUCUUUGCAUGCUAACUCCUUUUUUGUCACUUUCCUCAAGCCUCAUGAGUGCAAACUUAUAGUGUUGAGUCAGCCUUGGUUGUAAGGCAUGAUUUUAAUUGAGAAUACCUGCUAAAAGAGAUCAUACUUGAAAAAUAGAGACCACAUCUUAUCCUUUAUCCCAGACUUUGUCGAGAGAUUUAAUUUAAAAGUGUGCCUUAUUGCUCAGGCUGUAUUUGUAGAUGCUAAUAAAAGGCUGCUUAGAAUGUGA